AUGCAGAGAAAUCUAAGUGAAAUUACAGAGUUUGUCCUUUUGGGAUUUGGAGAACUCCAUCACCUGAAGAUUUUCUUGUUCCUAGUUUUUCUGGUGUUAUACAUUUUGACCAUGGCUGCCAACAUCCUCACCAUUCUUCUGAUAGUGACUGAUCAGCACCUGCACACCCCCAUGUACUUCUUCCUAGGAAAUUUGUCCUGCUUAGAGACUUUCUACAGCUCAACCAUCCUACCCAGGGUUUUGGUGAGCCUCCAAAAGGGAGAGAAAACUAUAUCCAUGAGAGGAUGCAUUACGCAGAUGUACUUCUUUGCUUUCCUGGUUAGCACAGAAUGCUAUCUCCUCUCUGUAAUGUCAUAUGAUAGAUAUUUAGCUAUAUGCAAGCCUUUACAUUAUGAAAAUGUAAUGAGCAGGAAACUCUGUAUUCUGUUAGCUGCUGGCUCCUGGUUCAAUAGCAUUGUGUUUACUUCUAUAUUUUUGGGUAUGUUCUUAAAAAUACAGUUCUGUGGUCCUAAUGAAAUUGAUCAUUUCUAUUGUGAUUCUCUCCCAUUAUUAAAGCUUUCCUGCAGUCACAUCAACCUUGUGAAACACGUCUCUGUAGUAUUCUCUUUUGUAUUCACUUUACCCCCUUUUCUUUUGACUUUGGCUUCUUAUAUCUAUAUUAUUGUUACCAUCCUCAGAAUCCCAUCAACCACUGGGAGACAAAAGGCCUUUUCCACCUGUUCUUCUCACCUGAUUGUCGUCUCUAUUUUCUAUGGGGCACUGAUCAUUGUAUAUCUGAUACCCCAAACUAAAACCAUGAGAUAUUUCAAUAAAAUUGUUUCUGUUCUCUACACAGUCCUUCCCCCCAUAGCUAACCCUCUUAUAUAUAGUUUGAGAAACAAGGAUGUAAAGGAAGCCCUGAAAAGGCUACUACAAAAGUUUAGGAAGGGCAAUUUGUGA